CGCAGCUGGGCAGAGCGCUCCCUGACAGCCAGGCGCAUGUGCACGUGUGCGAGGGGCAAGGGAGCAAGUGGCUGGGCACGCCAGCUGGAGAGGGAAGUGAAAUCGCAUCAGGCGUGGAACCGGCGGGCAGCGACCGGUUUUGGUCGGGACUUUCACUUGCCCAGAGCCCUGCGGCACCCGGCGGGGAGAGCUGAGAUGGUGCUGAGGCUGCUUCGGUGCUGCCCUGGUGCAAGCCACCCUCCGGGGAUGCUGCUGGUAGGGCAGGAGAUGCAGCCGGAGUGACAGGUACUGGUGGCAGGACGUUUCUCCUGCUCCUGAUCAGGAACACCUAGGACCAUUAAGGGUUUAUUUAGUCCCUUCCAAGGGUAUGGGGACCAGACUUGCUUGGUGUGACCUGCUUUGCCCAUGCCCUGGGCAGUUACUGAGCAGAGCCAGCUCUGAACCCUGGAGAAUGAGACGUGGUGCUAAUGGGCUGGGAGGGUCCUUGCCACAGGUCUAGGUCUGGGUUGGGGGAGUUAGAGAGAGCAAGAUGGUGGUGAGCACCAUCAUUAGGAGAGGUGGAGAACACACAACAGUUGGCCUGCGCAUGCGGCAGUCACUAACAGGCCGUGUCCUGCGGGCAGUGGGAACUUUUCAAAGGGGAAACCUCAGCACCCCUGCACUCUUUUCUCCUCCGGUCCUUUUCUGGAUUUUCCAUCCAAGCCAGAUCGGUGGCCCUGGGAUGGGGUCUUGUAAAGGUCUGGGCACAGGAAAGCCUGCUGUAGGCACUGGAGGAUGCUGAGGGGGCUUUUCGCCAGCCAGCGAGGAAGGGUGUGGGUUGGGGACAUGCCCGGGUUGGGGGCGGUGGGCUGGGGAAGGGCGAAGGCUGAGGAGGUGACACCAUCGGGCUGGGGGCCAUGCCGCUGGGCACAGGGUGCUGCGCGGCUGGGGCACGCCAGGGGCUGCGGGGAUUUCGGAAGCAUAUUUUGGAGCAGAGGGGUAGUUUGAGGGUGCGUUGCGCAGGCAGGCAGGGGUAGGGCUUGGGCAUUUGCUCUCCUCCUCCCCGGUGAAGAUCCGCCCCAGGACAAGCGCAGCGAUCGCGAGCCCCAGGGGAGACGACGCAGCUUGACAGACUGUAUCUCCCUCUGCCACGGGCCCCAAGGCGCUGCGAUUUCACACUCGGGCGGCCCCUUCGCCGCCGCGCCAUGCGGGAGCCGGGCUCUCGCUCCCACUCUGCCAUGUCCUCAUCAGGAAAAGCCACCGGUGCUUCCUCCUGCCUCUCCUCCCAGUGCUUCGACCUCCUGACCAGGUCCUGCGUCAAGUGCUCCGACUUGUUCAGGGACAACACAACUCUCCCCCUCCUGACGCUGCCGGCAUCUUGCCCCACAGCAGAGCCUGGCCGCGCAGCGCCCACCUCCGCCCUGGCACCCACCAUCCCCUCGGCGGACCUGCCCAGCACCCUCCUGAUCUUCGGGGUCCCAGCAGCGGUGGGGCUCAUCCUGGCCCUGGCCGCCCUCUGGGGCUUCCUGGCCUGCAAGGUGGGGAAGCAGAGGAGGAAGAGGAAGGCAGCGGACGAGGAGGCCGAAGCAAACAUGGAUGCCACCAGCCCCCUGCCCAGCCUGGGCUGCCAGGACCCUGCCAUGCUGGAGGGAGAUGCCACCCUGGCCCCAGCCCCAGCUCCGUGCCCACAUCUCAAUGGAGGCCUGAAGAUGCCAGGGCUGCCCGGGAAAGCGGGGGCGAAACGGAGGCCGUGCUGCCAGGGUGAUGCCAACGGUGACAUCGUCCUGCUCUCUGCUGUGUACCCCCGGCAUGAGGAGUGCAACCACGGCUUCCCACUGCCCGCCACCGAGCUGGGGGCUGCAGCCCUGGUCACCACCAAAACCACCCAGAACUGUACCGGAGAGGAGAGAGCCUGAGAGCAGGAGGAACGGGGCUGGAGCGCUCCAGCUGCUCCCUGCAGAUGCCCAGAGCCCAUCCCCAGGGCAGGCAAAGCCUUGCACAGAUAUGAGCUGUCUGAGGACCAGGUUUUGCCUUGAGCAAGAUCAGCCUUCUAAGAUGACUGCCCUUUUCCACGUCCCCGGUUGUGCCGAGUCCUAAGUUAUGCCUGUAAGCACUGGAGGAAGCCAAAGCGGAUCACGCCGAGUUAUGCUGAACUGCCCACAGCUGCCACGGCCGUACCGUUGGGAGGAGGAAGAGGAGACGCGGCUGGUGAGGACAGAGCGUGGCAGGGGCUGCUGUGCCAUUUGCAAGGCUGCCUUUGUGCCAGGACGGGUCUGCUGCUGGAUGGGUGAUUCCUGAGGAACAUGGGGCUGGAAUAGCAGAAGAAGGGGUGGGAAGGAAGAUGGAGAGGGAGGCAGGGAGUUACAUUAGGACCAAAUUCCACACCACUGCCAUUAACUUGAUUUUUGCUACUGACCUCAGUAAAAGGAGGCUUGGGGUCAUGUGGAGCAAGGCACAUCCAGCAGCAUCUGCUCCAUUCACAGUCCUGCCCGCCCCCAUCUUCUGCAUGCCGUAAUAUCCAGAUCUCUCCUCCCUCUGGGCACUCUCAUGUAGCGGCAGGCACCCACCGGCGCUCAUGGGAAUCCCCUCUGCAGCCGGGUACCCCAGGGAUGAGAAACAAGUCCGUCUUCCCAAGCAGGGAGUGAGGGAGGGAAGGGGUAGGGGGGGAAUCUGUCUUUGUUCUGACUUGCGAUCACUGAAGUCAGGGAGGACCAGGGGCAGGCAAUGGAGACUGCUGGUCUAGAGGAGCUCCCUGAGCUUCUCAUUAUGGCCCCAGACAACCGUCACUUCAGCUCACUGUGGCUGCAGAAAUACCACGUGUCACUUGGGAUGGAUGUUUCCAGGCCACGCAAAACCAGGCAGGGAGUGAUGUGAGUGUAGUUGGGAUGACUUAAUUUAUGUGAGUGUCUUCAAGGCUUUGCCUGCGUGCAAGAGCUGGCCAGCAUUGCUGGUCCAAGACACUUCUCUGUAGAUGGUCUUGUUCACCUGCCCACAAGUGGCUUUACUGCACAGGAAGGGCUCUGCUUUGGAAAUGAACUCGUUAGUGUGGGAUUGCUGUUCCCAAGUAAUUACAGCAGCUGAACCCCCUGGCUGAACAAGAGCCAGGCCGAUGCUUUGGGUGAGAAACCCUGCUGGCCCUGGAGGGGGUGAUUAGGCAAUUAGAAAUGCUUUGCGGGGUUAUUUGCAUGAAGCACCAUCUCGGUGGCAGUCUGGGUCUGCUCUUCCUUUGGUGAGGCAGCUUCCUCGCCUGAGAAACUUCAGGGACCAAGCAGAGGUGGCCAAGCAAGGUGUGGGAGCACUGCUGCCAAGUGCCAAUGGGCCACCAAGGGCCACAGCUCACAGUAGGGUCGCCCGGUGGCACUGUGCGGAGGCGAUGUCCCUCUGAUGACGGGAAGGUGACUCCCUGCCCAAGCCUGAGCUCUCUUCUGAGGCUGCAGGACCAGACACUGCUGUUGAAGGGUGACCCUCCCUCUUCUCCCCUCCCCACGCCACUGGAGGUGGACUCGCAGCAUCCUUCCCAUAAGGGGAACCACAGGCACUGCCACGGGCGCCAAGACCCCAAUUCCUCACUACAACUGCUGUCCCAGACCUAAACACGCUGGUGGAGGUGAGCCUUCAUCCGGCUGAUGCUCCGCAUGACCCGGAAUGGGAUGGGUCCCCAUCUCAGCCUGGGGGCUGAGGAUGGUGAGGGGCCACGUGCCCAGCAACUGUGUCCUGGGGCUCCAGGCACCUGUGGCUUGCUGGCAGGAGCUGUGGAGGCUCCAGUGCUGGGCUCCCAGUUAUCUGCAGCAGGCGUGCUGCCUGUCACAGGAGGGGUAUCCCCCCCAUGGCACGAAUCGGGCAUCUCCUCAUCCCCAUGCUCCGCACCCAGCCCUGUGAAGUGACUUUGAGCAACCUUUGUGCAUCUGGAGUGGGGAAAUGAGCUGAAGCCAGGCCGGGGGACAUUUUGGAGCUGGAAGAAGGACUGCUCGUGGGAGACAGAGCAACCUGCUUCAUGGGAAAUGGGGGCGAGAGGGAAAUGGAGCUGGACCGUCAGGAGCAUCUCCCACUUCCCACCCAGUGACUGCUGCAGCUCAGCCCUGCAGAUGUGCUGUCCACCCUGACCGGUGUGGCGAUUUGAAAAAGAAACUCCCAUACAAAUCCUGUUGAAAAAGCCCCUCUCUCUGCUCAGGUAAGGGCUUUUGCUCUCAUUUCUGCUAGAGCUUCAGCCAGGCAUCUCCUCUACGGGACGCUGCCAGCAUCUGCAGUGUGCAGAAGCAGCAUUUUGAUCCACAUUGGAUUCCUCUCAGCCGGCAAGUACCCUUCAGAUCCCCUCUCUGUUAUGGCACGUGGGGCAUCUUCCCCACAUCCUACCUGCCCAACUGCCAGCCGUGGUGGGGCAAGGCUCCCCUUCUGCCUGGCCUGCCUGUCUGCCUGGACCUGGGAGGGAUUUGCAAGCCCCUCUGUUCGUGCUUCUCCAUCCUUAUGUGCAGGUCAGGGGGCUGUCCGUCUCAUCUCCAUGGAUUGCAGAGGGAAUGGAGAUCAAAAAUAUGGCUGUAAAAAUUAAAGUGAACCUGCUGCCAAUGCA